AUGACCACAAAGUCCCUCCCAGACGGGAGUCCCGUCCUUGCUGCUUCACCAGGUCAAGGUAUCGAUCAUGAACGUACUCGAAACGGCCUGGAAAGAGUCUUGACCAGAACAUCCUACAAUCCAAGAUAUCCCGAUUGGUUACGUGGUCGGCCACUGCUGAUUUUGACGUCCGUCUUUGGUUCCCUAGGCGAUGCCUUAUUUGGCUAUGAUCAAGGUAUCAUGGCAGGUUUGCUUGUCAAUCCUGUGUGGAUUAGCACAUUAUUUAGUGACCACGGUGGAGCGGACGGUAGCACUGACAAUGUCGACACAACUCUAAUCGGUAUCACCGUUGCUUGUCUUCAGGUAGCCGCGGCUCUGACUGCCUUCGCAUCGGGACAUCUCUGUGACCUCCUCGGCCGUAAGCGAUGUGUCCGACUGGGAGGCUUCCUGUACUUGGGUACUGCCAUUAUACAGGCUUUCGCGCCCAGCCUGGCGUGUUUCAUCUGCGGUCGAACAUUGCAAGGUUUCGCUGUAGGCGUCUUGUCUAUGACUGUCCCGAUAAUUCAAACAGAAAUAGCACGGCCACAUCGACGAGGACUUAUGGUGGGAAUCGAAUACAGCUUGUUGAUCGCUAGCUACUCCCUGUCCUGCUGGGUGAACUACGGCUUCUACUUUCUCGUCCCCAGCGUCGAAUCGUGGCGUGGACCCUUUUAUAUCCAAAUGGGUUUGGCGGCCAUCCUGGUUUUCAUGUCCUUCAUCCUUCCCGAGACACCGCGAUGGCUUGCCAGUAAUGGAUUCCCCACAGAGUGUCUGCAAACUUUGGCGGAUUUACACGCCAACGGGAAUAAAGACGAUGCAGACGUCCAACACGUCUACAAUGAGAUUCAACAGGCAGUGGCAUAUGAGAAGGAGGUCAAACAAGAUUCGUGGAAGCACAUGUUUACACGAUACCGAAGACGCACACUCAUGGCCGUCACGGCCCAAAUGUUUGCACAGCUCAAUGGCAUCAACGUCAUAUCUUUUUAUCUACCUAGCACGCUCUCCAGUGCCGGUUUCGAUACCGCCAAAUCGCUGCUUUACACGGCAGCAAACUCACUCAUCUACAUUGCUGCCACCGUGCCGACCUGGUGGCUAGCCGACUCAUGGGGAAGAAAACCGCUUUUGAUAUACGGAGGCUGUGGCAUGGCAGCGUGCCUGGCGAUCAUGUGCGCCUUUACCCAAAGCGAGAACCUCGCGCCAUUGACUAGGGCUAACGGCAUGUUCUCUUUUGUUAUCCUUUACAACGCGAUAUACGGCGCCACGUGGGGUCCCAUGCCUUGGUUAUUACCAGCUGAAGUAUUCCCUCUCUCGGUGAGAAGCAAGGGUGUAGCUCUGGCUACAACGUCGAAUUGGCUCUUCAACUUUAUUAUCGGCAUGUCUUCUCCUUCGGCAUUUGCCGCUAUGAACGGUUAUUAUUACAUAUUAAUCCUUGGGUUCUGUUUGUUCUCUGCGGCUUUGGUUAAGUUUUUAUACGUGGAGACUGCGCAACAUACCUUGGAAGAAAUCGCAACGGCGUUUGGGGAUCGUGCUUUUUUGGACGAAAACAGGACACCGGGUGUGCCAGACGGGGUUGAGCUUGAUCACUGGGGCAUGUCGCAAAAGCAGCUUGAACUUCUACGGAAGCUUCGCGAUGAUGUAAAUUUCGUGAUCAGCGUUACUAUCUUCAGCGAGUGGCCCCGAUAUCUCGGACCGCGACCAAUUAAUCUGACUCCUGAUCAUCACCUCUCAUUCUACCGGGAGCAGCUGUGCACCGCUCGUAUUCUUAGUCCCGUGAGGAUUAAUGCACAGUCUGGGUCUUAA